AUGGAAGCCGCAACGAAAGGCUUUCCGUUGGCCCAUUUUAAGAUUGGUACUUGGGCGUACCAAGAGAUUCUGAUGGAAGCCAUCGUGGUGCUGUGGUUCGCCAUCCAGAUUUCGUUCAAAUUCGGCUUGCGAGUCCUUCCGGAUUGGCAAACGAGUCGUGUCGAUCCUAGCGUGCAUGCCGGUUUGGAUUGGCUAUUGGAUCUAAUCGGAAUCAAAAUGAGCGGAUGCGCGUGGGAUGAUAUUGUUGCCAUAUGGAUGGAAACCUCGGCCCUCAACGCAGCCGGUUCCCAUACAACAUCAAUCGGCUUAAAUUCGACGCACUCGCCCUACUCACUGUUCGCGUACGCCGGCGCCAUAGCCACCGUGUGCGCCACCGCCCUUUUGGGAGUAUCGGUGGCCGUGUGUCUACUGUUUAAUCUCCAUUGGAAACCACCUCCGAACCCAAAACAUGACGUUAUACCUUUUUGGCACGGUAGCUUGAAUUACUUGUCCCUCCUCGGUUACGCCAAAUGGCUCCAGCCACAUGCCAGUACUUGUUGGCCAAGCAUCUGGCGUGCUCAGUUCAUGCUGGUCCUGUUGGUUAUGCUGAUGGGUUGGAUCGUCUCCAUCGGUAUUUUGCUGUUGUGGACAGUUGCUUAUGUGCUGGUAGUGGUUUCUGCCAUGGGCGUGGUGGCUGCGGUGUCGAUCGGUGUCAUGGGCGUGCAGGCUGUGUACCCGUGCUGUGUUUUUCUAACCUGCUUCUUAGCCUUGCACUGUACCGGAAGAAUUUGGGGAUUGUGGAUGGAUCAGACAUACUCCGACUGGUUAUGCAGAAAAAUCAGCUUGGAACAUAUAUCACGUCUUCGUGGGAUCGCACACCUUUGCGGCCACGGCGAACUGGGUCUGCCCACCUGGGCAUACUGGAUAAGUGGAAAUGGUAGCGCCUGCUCCGCUACGGGUAUUACUGCCACUGGUUUAGGCUAUAGCGGUGCCAUGUGGUCGUACUGGGAGGACAUGCCCUUAUUGCCCUUUGCCCGGAAACGGGGCAUUCUUCUCGUAAAUUAUCCGGCAUCAUCGAGUUGGGGAGCGUCCUUGGUGUUCCAAAUCUGGACCGUGUUCAUUAUGAUCGGCAGCAUGACUCCGUUACUCGCCAUGGUGCUCUCCGUAUUUGGUGUGGUUGGUUGGAUGCUCUUCUAUGGUCCUAAAUACAUCGAACUGCUCCUGGCAACCAGAUUCUGGGAAACCGAAAAGGGGUAUAGUCAGGAGCACGGUACGACUGGCGAUCCGCCGCCAUAUACCGCCAUAAGCCAACCUCCGGAAAUCAAAAGCGAUGCGGAAAAUAAAGGUCAAGGUUCCCUUCCACUCGUUCCCGCCGGCAGUCAGCCUUCCUGUCAGCGCUGCAGCGUUGCACGCCAUGUCCUAGUGUUUAUGCGCCAAAUGAUGUGCUGGUUACCGGGCAUGUUGGUUCUGCUGACUAUCUAUCUCCUGUGGAUCUUUGUGCAUUUGAUUAAGGAGACGAAGAUGCCGGUGGAAGAAAAUACACUGGAUGUGACAUACCAGCCCAGUACCGACGGUGCUGGGAAGAAGAUCACUCUGCAUAUCAGUGGUCACGGGGGCAGUGGAAAGCAGUUGAGUGUGGAGACGAUUGGCCUGCCAAAAGGAGCCGUGAAGGCGGUCCAAAGUCCGUGUGAGCUGUGGGAAUGGGAAAAAGACCGGAUUGUUAUUACUAUCGAUAGGAACGCACUGUAA